AUGACUGCUGUGGCAUCACCACCUAGCGUACAGACGGGGCCCCGCUUGGGAUGGUACGAAUCUGGUGACGGUGGACAAGGAGGUUUGUCUUCGAUGAACCCUGACGAGGUCUCCCGCAUGUUUAUGCCGCGAAAGACCCUACAGAGAUCCAACUCGUCUUCUUCCAUCGGGUCUAAUUCGUCCACCUCGACUAUUGCUGCCAGCCCGUCCAGUACUGAUGCAGCACAACCUAACGGUGACUCUGCAACUCUUUCUUCAAAAAAGAAGUCUUCGAGGAGCGUUUGGCCUAAUUCCAAGUCCGAGCCAGUCUCUGGAAUAAGUAACGCGCGCUCGCAAGCGAAGCCAGCUUUCUUCUCCGGCGCGGGCGCCUCAUCUGCUAUGUCUGCCAUUCAGCAACAACCGCCUUCCUCUAUCCUACCCUCCCAACACCUCCUCCAGUCGUCUCAGCAGAAUGGCGUUCGCGCGGGAAGCGCCCCUGCUGGAGAACCUCCUGCAAUCUUGACUCUCAUCCCGAUCAAUGGCACAUUUGAGAAGAAACAAAUCACGGUGCCAUUUUACCCGGAUACACUACGAAUUGGUCGGCAAACGAAUGCCAAAACAGUGCCCACAUCCAAGAAUGGUUUCUUCGACUCCAAAGUCCUGUCUCGGCAGCACGCUGAGAUUUGGGCCGACCGAGCUGGAAAGGUCUGGAUUCGGGAUGUCAAGUCUUCCAACGGUACUUUCCUCAACGGCCAGCGCCUAUCUCCCGAGAACCGCGAGUCUGACCCUAAUGAAAUCCGGGAGAAUGACACGCUAGAGCUGGGAAUUGACAUCGUCAGUGAGGACCAGAAAACCGUUGUUCAUCACAAGGUUUCUGCCAAAGUCGAGCAUGCAGGCAUUUAUGGGAGCGUACCUAACAUCUUCGAUCUCACCCUCGGAGACUUAGACCCAGCUUCCGGGAACGGUCUUUUGCCGUCUCCUCUCAGCCAGCCGUUGUCGCACAUGCGAGGACGAGCCGGUAGCGCGUCUAGUACUCGUAGUACACAGAGUAACGCCAGCACCCAGUUCUCUGCACUUCAGCAACAACGCCAGAUGAACUAUUGGAACUCUCCUCUAUCAAUUGAACAAAUCGUCAAAAGAUUGACUACCGAGAUGAAGCAGGCUAAACAACAGCAGCAAGAUCUUCGCCAGACGGACGAUUUUUUGAAUGGACUGAUGAAGCCGGGUGCUCUAGAGAAGGAGAAGGAGAAGCAAAAGCAUUCGCCAGCUGACAGUACUUCGUCUCGCCAGAUCAACGGAAGGCCGAAGAUGCCUCGCAUGGACUCCUUCUCGCGAUUUUCCGACCCGCCGGCACCUCCACCUCAGCAACCCUUGCCUGAAAAGCCCGAUGCUCUGCCGCGGAAUGGCGUUGAUGUCAUAAGUCCUCUCAAACGAUCAGACACAGAGAAACCGAAGAUGAGCGCUGGUAGCUCGCCUGUGUCCCGAGAGUCCAGUCAGAUUCUUUCUCUCAUUGAAGCCUUGUCGUCUGCCAAAAGGGAGCUUGACAGCCAAGGCGCCCGUGUCAAAGAGCUUGAGAACCUGCUCCUUCAGGAAAGACAUGCUCGCGAGUCCGCCGAGGAGAAGGCUAAAUCUUUGGAAUUCGUGUCCAUCAAAGAAUCAGAUGAACCACAAUCCGCGUCUCAACUCGGCCCACAGUUUGAUAGCUCGCCACAAAACGCCAGCGAAGGCGAGAAGUCCGAUGUGCAACUGGUUAAUAGUACAAGCUCACCCGAAGAACAAAACACUGCAGCGGUCGAGGACCAGACCGACAAACUCCAGCGUCGGCUGGAAACAAUGAUGGGAGAGAUGGAAGAAAUGAAGACCCAGCUCUCAUCAUACAAAGACCGGACAGAGAAGGCAGAGACAGAAACCACCGAAACCCGCAAAUCCUUGGCUGAGAUGAUUGAGGAGCUUCGGAAACAGCGUUCUCGCACCAGCGACAAGGGUGUCGAGCCAACAGUCCAGCCCACGAGAGCUGUUGAUGCUUCGUCUCCACAGCCGGAUGACGAGUCAGGGGCCACUAUCAAGGAGUUCGAAGCAGAUCCGCAGCAUGCAGUAUCGCCACCCGGUGCCAAGGGCCUCGAAUUACCCGGCACAACAGAUAUAACGCAUAGACGUCGUGAUGCCAUUGAGCAAACGAGUCCAUUUGCGUCGAUGCUCGGCGUCGUGCUUCUUGGUGUUGGAUUGAUGGCAUACCUAAAUGGAUGGCAAAAAAUGGACGACUAA